GGGGGGGCGGCGGCGGGAGCCGCUCCCUCCUUGCCCAGCCCGGCCCGGCAGAGGCGGCAGGAGGAGGAGGAGGAGGAGGGCGGCGCAGAGCGCAGACAUGGCGGCCAACAUGUACCGAGUGGGAGAUUAUGUAUAUUUUGAAAAUUCUUCCAGCAAUCCAUAUCUCAUUAGGAGAAUUGAAGAACUAAACAAGACUGCCAAUGGGAACGUGGAAGCAAAAGUGGUUUGUUUUUACAGGCGAAGAGAUAUUUCUAACAGCCUUAUAAUGCUUGCAGAUAAGCAUGCUAAAGAAGUUGAAGAAGAGUCUGAAACUACAAUUGAGGUUGAUUUGACUGAUAAACAGAAACAUCAAUUGAAGCACAGAGAGCUUUUCCUUUCUCGCCAGUAUGAGUCCCUACCAGCAACGCACAUCAGGGGAAAAUGCAGUGUUGCACUUCUGAAUGAGACAGAAUCUGUGCUGUCAUACCUGGAGAAAGAGGAUACUUUUUUUUAUUCAUUGGUGUAUGAUCCAUCAUUGAAAACGCUUUUAGCAGACAAGGGAGAAAUCAGAGUGGGGCCUAGAUAUCAAGCAGAUGUGCCAGACAUGCUUGUGGAAGGAGAAUUAGAUGACAGAGAACAGGCAAAGCUGGAAGUAAAAGUAUGGGAUCCAGAUAGCCCCCUUACUGACCGUCAGAUUGACCAGUUUUUAGUUGUAGCACGUGCGGUUGGCACGUUUGCUCGAGCCUUGGACUGCAGUAGUUCUGUAAGGCAACCCAGUUUACAUAUGAGUGCUGCUGCUGCUUCCCGAGAUAUCACACUGUUUCACGCAAUGGACACACUGCAUAAACACAACUAUGAUCUGAGCAGUGCCAUCAGUGUUCUAGUGCCACUGGGAGGGCCUGUCUUGUGUAGAGAUGAAAUGGAAGAGUGGUCAGCAUCAGAAGCUAGUUUAUUUGAAGAGGCUUUGGAAAAGUAUGGCAAGGACUUCAAUGACAUUCGACAAGACUUCCUCCCUUGGAAGUCGCUGACUAGCAUCAUUGAGUAUUACUACAUGUGGAAAACCACUGACAGAUAUGUGCAGCAGAAACGUCUGAAAGCAGCUGAAGCAGAAAGUAAAUUGAAACAAGUAUACAUCCCCACCUACAAUAAACCAAAUCCCAAUCAAAUAUCCAGCAACAAUGGGAAACCUGCUGCAGUCAAUGGAGCAAUGGGAGCCUCUUACCAGGCACAAGCCACAGUAAUAGGUCGGGCUUGUGAAAGCUGCUAUACUCCGCAGUCUCACCAAUGGUAUUCUUGGGGCCCUCCCAAUAUGCAAUGUAGGUUGUGUGCAUCUUGCUGGAUUUAUUGGAAGAAAUAUGGUGGCCUGAAAAUGCCCACACAGACAGAUGAAGAUAAACUGUCUUCCAGCCAACCUACAGAGGAAUCGCAUGUCAGAACUCACCUGUCCCGGCAGGCCACGCAGGGCACUCCGGUCCGUAACACGGGCAGUCCAAAGUCGGCGGUGAAAACACGGCAGGCUUUCUUUCUCCACACCACCUGUUGGACAAAACUGGCCCGUCAGGUCUGCAAAAAUACCCUCCGGCUGCGGCAGGCAGCGCGACGUCCCUUUGUCCCUAUUAACUGUGCUGCCAUUAAGGCAGAAUAUGCAGAUCGACAUUGUGAACUUGCUGGGAAUCCUCUGAAGAUAAAAAGCACCAGAAAACCACUGUCAUGUAUCAUUGGGUAUUUAGAGAUACAUCCUGCUGUGAAACCCAAUGUAAUCAGGUCAACACCAAGCCUUCAAAGUCCAAGUGCAAAGCGACUGCUUGCACCCUCCAAUCACUCUUCAUUAAGUAUUUUGGGGAAAAGAAACUACAGCCAUCAUAAUGGGCUUGAUGAAUCAUCCAGCCAUACAACAAGAACAAUCAUGCAUGCUGCUCCCCACAUCCAUAUGACUAAUGGUAAGGCCUUGCAAGCCAGUGCAAGUGCCAUUAAGACAAGCACCAUUCCAGUGAUCAAGAGACAGAGGCAGAAUUGGCUUGAUGCUUCAGAUGAUGGUUUCUUUAUAGCUACAGAAGAGACCAGAAAAAUCCGUAAGAAGUUCACCAGAUCACAGCUGAAAAGAGCUUCCAGAACACCUUGUUCUCCGAUCAUUGCAAAGACAAAGUCUCUCAUGAACAAUAGGCAGGCCCGAACAGAGCCAGGAUCCAUCAUACACUGA